UAUCAAGGUAGCACUUACGUACUCUCCAGUCUAGCCGAUCUCUAUCGGGAUAGUAACUGGCAGACACACACUUGCGGAAUUAACAAUAUUUCUUUGUUGUUGUAUCCCAAAAAAUUAGAUUUUCCUUUUUUGAGGCCACAGUUACUUGUGAUAUAUUUUUUUUAAUACAUAUACAGACUUAUAUGCUUGUGUGAUUUUCACGAAAAGACCCAACGUCAGCAACUUUAGUAGUCAGAAGUCAAUUGGAUCACUGCCUCUCCGGAAGUACCUCCUCCUUUCGGUGAUAAUCCGGGUGGACGUUCAAUCCUUGUGUUGAGCGGGCGGUGAGAAGAAGAAGAAGAAGAAGAAGUAGAAGAAGACGACGAAGAAGAAGAAGAAGACGAUACACCGAGAGGAGGGGGGUUAAGGAAAGGCGCAAGAGAGAAUAUAACGAUAAGUUGUGUAUGAUUGUACGCGAAAAAGACCUCUCAACACGGUGGAAUUUCUAACGGUAUCCGUGCUUUGCCAAAUGCACUUUCGGAUCGCGAAGUAACCGUGCAACACGCUCCGAGUGAGUACAUAAAGAGUGUGUCUUAGGCCUUAGGAGUCUCGCAACACAAAACCAGGAAGGAUCAAGUGCAACGACAACAACAACAACACCGACGACGACGACGACUUUGACGACGACGACGACGACCUUCUGCUUGGAUAUUUCGUGACAUUGAGAGAGAAAAAAGGACCUUGACCUAGUGCAGAGGACGUUAUUCGCGGAGAACUUGGAACACACGUCCUUGACCGGAAAUCAUGACGGACACUGUCUUCUGGCUGCUUUGCUCUUGUGCCACGAUUUUGAUAGUGUUCCUUAAAUUGACAAGUAAAUCAAAAAGGCAAAAAUUUGAUGAAAAAAGAAAUUUUAGUUUCAUUGAAACAACAACAAAGAAUGAGAGUGCUGAUAAUGAUAAUGGAACGAAAGAAAGAGAAAUGGAAAAAGAGGAAGUAAUCAAGUCUGAUGAGACGAUGGUGAAAGUUUUAAAAGGUCCAAGGAGUCUGCCAAUUAUUGGAAGCUUGCAUCUAUUGAGAGCACCUGGUGGACCAUUUGAGGCAUUUACCAAUUUAGCAAAAUUAUAUGGGAACAUUUAUCAAAUACAAUUAGGUGCUUCAAAAUGCGUUGUUGUUAGCAGUUAUGAUCUGGUCAAGGAAGUCCUGAUUACGAAGGGAAGCCACUUUGGCGGUCGUCCAGACUUUAUUCGUUUCCAUAAACUUUUUAACGGAGAUCGCAAUAACUCUCUCGCCUUAUGUGAUUGGUCGGAUCUGCAAAGAAAACGAAGAUCACUUGCGAGGAGUUUCUGUUCACCACGAGGUGGUAGUUUUCAAAUGGAAGAAUUGUCACGAGUAGCCUAUAUAGAAAGUGCUGAAUUUCUCAAGAUUCUCAAGCAAGAAGAAUAUACGCCAAAUCUCAAUGGAGAACAACCAUUUAAACCAUUAAUUUUAGCGGCAGCUGCUAAUAUGUUUACUGGAUACAUGUGCUCAACUCGUUUUGGUUAUAAUUGCAAUAGAUUCAAAAGAAUCAUCAGUAAUUUUGAUAAAAUUUUUUGGGACAUUAAUCAAGGAUACGCUGUUGAUUUUAUGCCUUGGCUCUCGCCAUUUUAUUCACAUGUAUUUAAACGUCUUCAUCUUUGGACAUCGGAGAUACGAGAUUUUAUUUUAGAUAAAAUUGUCAAUCCUCGACGAGGAAAAUAUGAUGACAAUAAUAUUGGUCAACUUGAUUUUACUGAUAAUCUUUUGAUACAAUUGGAAAGUCCUGAUUCUGAUUUAACGUGGGAACAUAUUAUUUUUGAAUUAGAAGAUUUCAUUGGUGGUCACUCGGCAAUUGGUAAUUUGGCAAUGAUUAUUUUGGCCUAUGCGGUCAUUUAUCCUGAGGUACAGAAAAAAAUUCAAGAGGAAUGCGAUGAGGUUUUGUUGAAAACAGGACGAAAUUUAAUUUCGUUAGAUGAUAAAAAAGAUAUGCCUUACACAGAAGCUGUAAUGUGGGAGACAUUGAGAGCCAAUAGUUCUCCAAUUGUUCCACAUGUUGCAACACAAGACACUGAAGUUGGGGGAUAUUUUGUCAAGAAAGACACUAUUGUUUUUAUCAACAAUAAUAAAUUAAAUUUGGGAGAAGAAUACUGGGGCGCAGAUUCAAAAGCUUUUCGUGCAGAGCGAUUUUUAAAAUCAAUUGUUGAUAAAGUUGAUGGUCAAAGGAGAAAUAUUGUUGUCAAACCGAAUUAUUUCUUUCCAUUUUCCACUGGCAAGAGAACUUGCAUUGGUCAAAAAUUGGUUCAGGGAUUAACUUUUGUUUUGGUCACAACAAUUCUUUCAAAUUAUGAUGUCUUUGCUGUUGAUGAUAUAAUGAGUCGAUUACAACCGGGACUUGUGGCCCUUCCACCCGAAACAUUUCAUUUAAUGUUAAAACCACGAAAGUAGUUUGAAUGGUUACGUGAAAUAACUUUUAAACUUUUUGUUUUUAUAAUGCUACUCACGCGAACUUUAUUUCAUUUAAUUAUCAAAAUUAGCAUAUAUAAUAAUUAAUUUGAUAUACUCGAUAUUAAAAUUUUUCAGAGCGACGCAAUCAACGCCAAAAAUUGCAUGUAUUAGCUAAUUUGUGAAAAUGAUUUUAAUUUUCGCUUCCACUGUCUUUUUAAGAAUCAUCUUGUUUAAUAGCAUGUGAUUGUUAGGUUCACAAUGGUAAUUUUUUCAACCACUUUUCUCGUAAAAUACUUAAUGGAUUGAUAUGCAAUUUUGUGGAGAAGUCUAAAAUAUAAGGAAGGGCAGUCAAUUGCGAAACUGUUGAAAUUUAUUGAAAUAAUUACAAUAAAACUUUUGUAAAUUGUUAAAAAAUAUGAGUCACUGUUCGGAUUUUUAAUAACUUCUAAUUAUUUUAUAAUAAUUGUUUUAAUAAAUUAAAAAUCCAUUUAGUAUUUUACGAGAUAAGUGGUCGAAAAAAUUAAAAUUUUGUACCUAACAAUUACAUGUUGUUAAAAAACAUUUAAAAGAUAUGUAUUAUUAUUUUUUUUUUAAUUUUUAGUCUUUUUUGAUCCAAGCCUAUAAUAGUUUUGCUACAAUUUUUUGCUUGGAAAGAAUACAUUUAUUUUUUUGUAGAUUAAAUUAUUAUAAAAAAAAGACUCAAUUUUAUAUGAAUUUUGUACGUGGUACUUUCAUGUAUUUGAUUCAAUGAGAUACUGAAUGGUAUAUAUUAUGUAUGAUAUAU